AUGGAAAAUGAUGAAUUAUUUAGAUGUGUUCAAUACAAGAUUCAUAACAUAACAACGAAAAAAGAAACAGAAUAUGUAUGUAAUAAAUAAUAACAAGUUAUCUAGACAUUGAUCCUUUUAUUCUAGUCAAAAAUUGUAUCCGAAUUCUAAAUAAAAACAGAUAAAAUCAAAGAUGACGGGAGAAUUAUAGUUAAAUAUUCCGGAAAUCUGUAAUUUUAGAAACAAGACUACCCAAAAAACAAUAUUUUCGUAGCUAUUUUAUCAAUGAAAAUAUUUUUCUGUCAAAUUUCAAAUUGACGUGAGAAAUAUUUUGAGAAUUUGACUUGUCAUGCAAAAUUGUUAUGAAAAGUUCUCUUAUGUCUCCAUCCGGUCAUUAUGAAUAAAAUGUUUACGCUUUUCAUUUUCAAUUAUAAAACUUGUGAGUGAGAUUGUUGUUUUCACAGAGAAAAUUAUGAUAACAAUUGAAGAAAUUAUUUUUUUUUGAGUUAUGAAAUGGCUACUUAAAAACAAUUAAUUAUUCCAAAAAAAUUUGAAAAGAUGAAAGACUUUGCGGAACUAAAAAAUAAUAAACAAUGUAAUUUUCUUGAUGGUAGUCUCAGCUGGAUGAAACAGAAAGAGAAGAAAGUGCACCAAGUUGUUUGGGUCGCCGAUGAAUAUUAUUAUCUGAAAAUUAUUCUACCCUAUUGUUUUUUUUUCCUAUUUUUUUUUGUAAACACCAAACAUGAUGAAAAACAAAAACAGUUUACUUCUUAUUCUGUCGAUAAGAAAAUUCAAGGUUAACCAGUUUUCCGAAAUGGCAGUUCAGGAAGUGACCUUGGCUGAUUUCGAGAGGACGUAUUUAAGGAGUUGAAUAGGUUAGCAGAAAUCAGUUCCGAUUUUGUCGCCGGUUCUAAACGUAAGUUUUUCUCGCAAAAAUUGUGUUGCUAUUUCACCUGUCAUUUUUCAGAUGGACGAGAAGAUGGAGUUGGUUCGAAAAGAACAAGAAAUCGAAAAAUUGCGAAGUGUUGCUUUUGCCGCCGUCGCAAUUACUGGUUUGGCUAUUGCAACAUCAAUUGUUGUUUUGCCAUUACUUUUCAAUCAUGCUCAAACCAUUCAAUCUAACUUGGAUCACGAACUUCAAUUCUGCACCUUGAGAUCUCACGAUCUUUGGGACGAGUUGCAAAAGGUUGAACACUCUACUGGAAAACAAAGCAGAAUCAAGAGACAAUAUGUUACCGGACCACCACCACAACCUGCUUAUGGAGGUUAUGCACAAGCUAACUAUGGUCAACAAAGAUAUGCUCCACCACAACCACAGCCAGUGUAUCGUCCAGCUGUUUAUCAACCAGUUCCACAACCUCAACCAGUUUACCGUCCACCAGUUCAAACUUUCGCUGCUCCCCCAACCUCAUCAAUCUGUGUCUUUGGACCACCUGGACCACCAGGUCUUCCAGGAGCUGAUGGAAAGCCAGGACUUGAUGGAAGACCAGGAGCUCCAGGAGCACCAGGAGGUGAUGCUAGAUCUGGGCCAUCGCCUGCACCAGCUCAAAACGAUUGUCAAACAUGCGCACCUGCACCAGCCGGACGACCAGGGCCACCAGGACCACGUGGACAACCAGGAAACGCUGGAGCACCAGGAGGAUCUAGCGGUGGAUCGAAUGUUGGGCCACCUGGACCACCAGGACCAGCCGGGCCACCAGGAGGAGAUGGACUUCCAGGAUCAGCUGGGCGACCAGGAGCUCCAGGACAAGUUAUCCCAGGACCAGCUCAAGUUGGACCACCAGGACCACCAGGAGGUGUUGGUUUGCCAGGAGCUGACGGUCAACCAGGACGUGGAGGAGCCGGACUUCCAGGACCACCAGGACCAGCUGGAGAUAACGGCGCACCAGGACAACCAGGAGCCCCAGGAGCUGCUGGACAACCAGGAAACGACGGAGGAUCUGGAGGAUCUGGAGCUUGCGAUCAUUGUCCACCACCAAGAACCGCGCCAGGAUAUUAA